AUGGAAAAUUUGGUACUAACCAUACGGGAACUGUCUGAAUCGUCAAGGCAACAAGAUCUCAUUAAUGCUAGCCAUAAAAUUCGUAGGUCUGCACAACCAAAUGUACAAAGUGUAAACAGUACGACUGUAACUAGAUAUAUCAACGAACUGAUCACUCAAAAAGACACAAGUGAAUUAAACGCAAGAAAAGAAAGUGUUAAUAGUGCAUCUAUGGAUAAAAAUAUGAACAAACUAUCCACACAAAAAUAUACAAGUGGAUUAAACGGAGAAAAACACAAGAUAGUCAUGGGAGAGGAAUUACGGAAAUUAUGAGAAGAAAUCACCCAGACCUUAAUCUAACAGGCAUAAUCAAACCAGGCGCGCCAUUACGCGAGAUUCUGAAAAACAGUGACAACAUAUUAACGACCGGUAACAGCUGCAUCAUAAUAGGAGGCGCAAAUGAUGUUUACUGUAAUGAAACUUG